AUGGGGAAUUACGCUUCCUGCACAUUGCCUGGUCCGGUGAGCAAAAGCUUCGUCAGAGCCACCAAGGUCAUUUUACCCUCCGGCGAGGUGCGCCGCCUGCACGAGCCGACCAAGGCGGCGGAGCUCAUGCUAGACUCGCCGACCUUCUUCCUCGUCGACGCCAGGUCGCUGCGGAUCGGAAAAAGGUUCGCCGCCCUGAGCGCCGACGACGACCUCGAGAUCGGCGCUGUCUACGUUUUCUUUCCGAUGAAACGGCUCAACGCCGCCGCGACGGAGGCGGACGUCGCGGCGAUCCUCACGGCGGCGGCCGCCAGGAGAGUCUCGCGAGUUCUGCCGGAAAACGAAGAGGAAUUGGCUGCGCCGGAGAUGGAUUUGGAUGAUUUGUCGGCGCUGGAAUUGAAGCACAGAGUGUCGACUUGCAGAUCCAAGAAGCCGUUGCUGGAGACCAUUGUAGAAGAACCUCUCAGCUUCAGAUGA